GUUGGUGACAACGCUGUGUUGUAGUUACUCCAUCUGGCCAGCAGAGGCCGAUAACUCAUUCAUUGCAGACCUGCUUCGUGAUAAGAGGAAGCACUUCCGCUUUUCGGUUGUCAGACUCUUGGGCGAAGCGAGAUUUUCAGGAUGGCAAGCCGCCGUUUUGCUGUGAAGGCCCUUGACUGGGCGGCAUUUGCUGAGCGUAUCCCACCCAACCAGAGGGGCAUGUUCAAUGCCUUGAAGACCCGCAGUGAUGCCAUUGCAGCAAAACUGUCCUCACUGCCAGAGUCUCCACCUGCCGUUGACUGGAGCUACUACAGGAGCACUGUGGCCAAAGCGGGGCUGGUUGAUGAGUUUGAAAAGAAGUUCAAAGCUUUGCAGAUCCCUGCACCUGUUGAUACAGAGACAAGCGCUAUCAAUGCCCAGGAGGUCAAAGCUAAUGCAGAUGCCACAGCAUACGUGGAAAGCUCAAAGGCCCGUGUCGCUGAGUAUGAGAAAGAGUUGGAAAAGUUUAACAAUAUGAUCCCCUUCGACCAGAUGACGAUUGAAGAUCUCAAUAAAGUCUUCCCUGAGACUAAGUUGGACAUGGUCAAAUAUCCAUAUUGGCCCCACAAGCCCAUUUCUGACCUGUAAUUCUAUAAGAUACUCACCUCACAUUAAAAACAUAUUUUAAAUGAAACAAAA